GUGAGCGUAGUUAGUUGCUCGGUGGUGAGCGGUGCAGCUCCGGUGGUGCUCCGUAUCUUUGCUCAUAAAUCUACCGCUGCUCUUUCUAACUAACACCGCUCUGACCUGACGCUGUUCCAGGACUUCUUCUAGCGGGAGGCAGAGCAACAUAUCUCAACCUUUAAACUUUUGAUACUGCGGGACUUUAUUUUUUAAAAGAGACUACGAGCUGAAAACCAUGAAACACUUCGCCGCAGGGGUUUUGCCAGCCUACAACAGCCUCACUGACAAACAUCUUGCAGAUUACUUCAGCAGCACUCGAAUCAGAAAACACCUGCUGAAGGCAGGACUGAUCACCAGGAGUGGGCGAAUUGUUCCAGAAAAGGAUUAUAAACUUAAACUGAUCCAGACAGCCAACCAGAACCAUGUCCGAGAGUGCCUGGCCCAAGCCAUUUUCCAAAAGGUGCUGGAGAGAGAGCACUACCACCAACUCGAGAUCAAAAAGAGACAGACGGACUUUGAGAGGAAGCAGCGAGUGCAAAGGUUUAAGGUGGAGCGUUGUAAAAAGUAUGAGGAAGAGAUGAUCCGCGCUCUGACUCCAUCCCCCCCCACGGGAUCCAAGUCCGUCUGGACACAGUUCCCAGCUCCACUGGGGAAACACUUUGAAUCCUCUGACUUCUCAAGCUUUUCUCGACCGAACACGGCUCCUGGAAAGAUGCAGAGGCCGGUGCGCCUAAAGCCCAUGCAGAGGAGAAGCUACACAUCUUUACCCAGAUACGUCUCACCGUACCAAAAAAGUCUGUCCCUUCUGGAGAGCCAGCCGUUCAACUGCCUUACGACCUUCAAGUCCCGCAGACGUCUUACCCCAAAAGACAACUACCCUGGUCUCGACCGCUUCUGUCUCCCAGUCACCAAAAACUUUAUAAUACCAUCGCCCCCAUCGAUGCCCCCAAAAGUCACCCCCAGCAGCACCAUCAGAAGCCGCAGACUGCGCCCCUCCACUUCUUCCAGUGGAGUUGAGGUAAAUCCUCGGCUAAAGGCCUCAGUUCACGAGACCCGAGUGCGUGUGACCAUGGUGUACUUUGGCAAAAUGGUACAUCUCUCUGACCACCCAUCCGUUAUAAGGGAUGAAAUCAAAGUGCUUCAGCAGCACUGUGGAGGAGAAAACCUGUGUUUGUACCAGGGAAAACUCUGCGAGGGAGAUGUUUUCCAGUUCCUUUCAAGGCGCCACAGAGGUUUUCCCUUCAGCUUGACCUUCUACCAGAACGGGAUGCUAGUGGAGCGGCUAAGCUCCUGCUGCGAAUAUAAACACAGUAAAGGCUCCCGAAUCGGAGGAAGGCAUGGACUCUUUGGCUUCUGUAGCGUGGAGGGGGCAUCUCCUUGUUACAAGUGCAUCGUAGCAAUGAGCACGAACAGACAGCCCCUUCCUCCUCCAAAGAAAGUCAAAGGAGAUCUGUCACAAAAACAAUCAGCCGCUAGCCUCAAAGAUGAACCUCGGAAGGAAUCAAGUGCAAGUGAGGAGGAAGCUGCGUCAGACCAGGAGAACGAGAGCAGUCAAACACCUGAAAUGGACACGACAGUCAGAAAACAGUCAGCCACUAGCCUUAAAGACGAAAAUGAGAUGGAGGCAGACACAACUGAGGACAGAGCUGUCUCACAACAGGAGUAUGAGAGCUGUCAAUCUCCUAAAAUGGACACAACAGUCAGAAAAAAGUCAGCCACGAGCCUUAAAGGUAAAAAUGAGAUGGAGGCAGACACAACUGAGGACAGAGCUGUCUCACAACAGGAGUUUGAGAGCUGUCAAUCUCCUGAAAUGGACACAACAGUCAGAAAACAGUCAGCAUCUGUGGAGAGCAACAUCAUAAAUGAUUAUGAAGAAGACUUUGAAGCAGAUAAUGAAAGUUCUAUGGAAGAAACAACACCACAAGAAAGGAAAUCCCGGGAUGAGGAGACAGAGGCCUGUGAGGUUGAGGAAGAGGAGGACUAUGGCGAAGAGAACAGGUCUCUUUCAGUCUCCGUCAUGUCAGAUAGAUAUAAGGAGGAGACUGGUGUUGAAACCACAGUACCCUCAGAAGAUGAGGAGAAAGAAGAUGAUACUAAAGAGGAAAACAGAGCAGAAGCUGCUUCUCCUGUAAGUAAAAAAGUCAGAUGGAUAAACGAAGAAACCUCUCCCGGCAUAGUCAAGUCCGCUUCGGUCAAUAACUCAGAGUUACUGGACAGUGCCAUGGACAGCACAGGGAUUGAAAUUGCUGACCCCAUCGUCCUCCCGGGCAAUGAUAAUGACCUGAGCUGUGACCCCUCAGAAGACAAAUAUGUAGAGGAUUCUGAAUAUGAGAUAAAAACUGAGGAUGAACUAGACAGGGCCAAAUCUGUGCAGGAGAAGCUGGCAGAAGCCAUCCUGAAAGAGUCUCAGAGUAGCUCUGAGCCUGAAUUGAGCGACACUAGUACCGAGGAAGAGGAGGUGUCUGGGAAUAAAGCCCCUGACAAAGAAAAGAAAGAACAUCUGAAGACUCUGGAAGAAGAGACGAAUUGUGAAGAAAAUGUUACCAAUGAAGUUGUAGAGGAACAAAAAGUGUUUACAGAAGCAGAAGAAGAGGAGGACAAGAUAUGGGACCAUGGUGACAACACUCAAGAAGAGAGAGUCGGUGAGGUUGGGGAGGAUGGAAAGCCCACAGAAGAUGAAGCCAGAACACAGGGGCAUAAAUCAGAGGAACCAGGUGAAGCCCACCUCCCUGUAGACGGAGAGGUGGCACAAGACGACAAGAUGGAGGAUCCCUUUGAAAGAAGUGAUGUUGAGGCUUCCCAUAAUGAUGAAGAAAAUGUGGAAAAAGGUUCAGCGAAACCUGACAGUCAGCAUGAUGAGUCAGGGCAAAGGGCAAAAAGCAGAGAAGAGGAUGAGUCAUCAGUAUUAGAGCCAAGUGAGGAGGUCGAUGAGCCAGCAGUGCCAGAUAUUGCUGAGUCGGAGGCCAUAAGUGAAACGAUGGAGACAAAAGCAGAAUCGUCAGAGGAACAAGAGGCCCUCGGCUGUGAAGAGGCACCUGAAACCGGCACAGACAAGAUGCAGACAGACAGCGAGGAAGCUCAAGUCACAGCGGAGAAUUCAAGCAGAUCACCAGAGGAGUGUGGGGACUCCACAGCUGAGAAAACAGUAGACAAGCAUGUGGAAGUUGUGAAAACCUGGAGCAUUAAUGAUGAAAUUUGUGUAGAAACAAAACAGCAAUUGUCAAGAGCUGAAGAAGGAAAGGAUGACAGUCAAGAGGAAAACUGUGGGAUAAGAGACGAAUCUGUGGAAGAACAUGAAACAACAGACAGGCAAAGCCUUACGCAUUUAGAGGAAAUAACAGAAUCUGAAAAUAAAACAGAAGAAAUUAGUAAUGAAAGCAAGUUUGAGGAAAGAAAUGAGCAAACUAAAAACCCACCAGAGGGGACCGAAUGUGAAGAAAUUCAAGAUGAGGAGAAUAAAGAUGAAAUUAGAGAGACUGAGAAAGAUGGUAAAGAUGAAGAAGAUGAGUGUAAAAUCAGCUGGGAUGAACCUGAAGCCAAGACAGAGGAUAAAGGUCAAGCUAGCGAAGAAGGGAGUGAGACAAAGAAAGUUUUACGAGAAAAAGAUGAUGAAGCAGGAAUGUCGGAAAAUGGUGAGAAGGAAAAAGUUGAAGGGAAUAAAAGCAAUGAAGAAUAUGAAGAUAUAACCAAGGACAGUGUAGCAGAGGAAAGGGAAACAUCUGAGAUCACAGAAGUACCUGAGAAACGUCCAGAUACUGACGUGGAUACAGAAAAAAUGGAAACAAGUUCUGAAAAGAUCGCUGAUUCAGAGAAAGUCAGUGAAAGUAAAGCAGCAGAAGGGACUGAAACGCAUCAGCCAACUCUGGCUAUUGCAGAAGCCGAGACUGGUGAAAGAGGAGAAAUAGACACUGAAAAUGGAGAGAGUUCUUUCGCAGUUGAGCGAGAACCUCAGGAGGAUGAGGAAAAUGCAGUAACAUCUGACGAGAAAAGACAAAUGGAUGAGCCAGAUGAAGAAAUUGAGAGCACAGAGGUAAAAGAAGCAGUUAUGGAGUCUGGAGACAAUGCCAAAAAACAAGAGGACAGCUUGACUGAUCAGGCCCCAGAGACUGGUGUACCGGAAAGCGAUGCCAAGGAAGCGGAUGGCAGCAUGGUGAAGCAUGAUGAAGCUGCUAGCAGGGUCUCAGAGCCAGAGACAUUUGGAGCAGAAAUACAAGAAGAGAGAAAUGCCAAGGAGGAAGUAGAUGAAGUUGAAAAUGAGAACAAGGUGUACAAUUUGAUCCUAAACAACGCUGAGAGCGAUAUCGGUGAGGUGUCUCCUUUAAGCGAAAUCUCUUCUGCUGCUGAAGUGCAGGAAACAGCUAAGCAAAAAGAUGAAGCGACAUCUAGGUCUAUAACUGACAAACCACUAGAAAGCAGAGAGAAUGGAGAGGAGACAGAGGAGGUAAGCAAGGCAUCAGAGGAAGGAACAAGUGUGCUGCUCAAACCUCUAGCUCCAAACACAGAGGGAGAAGAUGUUGUCGGUGAAGGAACCCCAGAGGCUUUAUCAAGAGAUGACAAUACGGAUAUGGUCACAAACUGGAUACAAAUGCACCAAACAUCAAAGUUUUUCGAGACAUUUGUUGAGCCUUUAGAAGAUCUGAGGAAUGAGGUCCCAGAUGCACAGGUAUCCAACCCAGAUGGUGAAGAAAAAGAAUCUGCCGAGGCACUUAAAGCAGAGAUCCCAACAAAGAUGGGAAGGAUCUCAGAGGAUGGAGACAUAGAGGACUCAAGAAAUGAAACUCAAACUAAAGCUAUUGAAGGUGAACUACAAGGCAGUGAGGAGGCUGGUAAGAAAAGCCCUGAAACAAAUAAAGAUUACAAAGAAAGUCAAGAGGGAAACACACCUUUUACAACUGAAGUGGAAACCUUCUCAAGUUCUCUCAAAGCUGAAAGCAAUUUUGAGAAUCAAAGUCGUGGAAAUGUGAACAGUGGUCCAGGCCUGAUUGUGAAACAAACAGCCACAGACUCUUCAUCCAAACCAGAACAAUCAAACUCCCUGAACGGACAGGGCGACACAGACGACACAUUGAACAACAUCAGCAGAGACGAGCAUCACAUAACGAAGCUCACGACAUCUCACACAGCUGAUGGGAGCAGGGAAGAGUCCCACGAUGAAGAUGUCCAAACUAAAAUGUUAGAGCGACGCUUCAGUGGAGAGACAAGAGACAUGCAAAUCAUCGAAGACAUCAAACACACCCUGAGCAAAGAGCGCCUGAGCACUUUCUCAUUGUUUGGACACACUUCUUAUCCUUUACUGACCACUUCAGGGUCUGAUGGUGGACAGUAACGAUAAUGUGAUAUUUUUAAUCGCUAAUUUGAGAAAAUCUUGUCUAACUGAUGAUCCAUAGAUAAUCAAUUACAGCAAACAAGAGCAAAUACGACAAAGGUUUGGGUUUGACAGAAUUCCUCAAGUGUCUCUUACUGCCUGUGUGGUUUUUGGAAUAAGUUCUUAGACAGCCAUCGCACCCGAAUAACCAGAAAGAACAUGCUGUACCUUGUAUUUUGACUGCUGGUUGCAAUGUUUACAGUAGACCCACUUCUUCCUACUGUUAGUCACAAUGUGGCGGUAUCAAGUACAGCCGCUAUCAUCUAUUACCUGUAAACGGAUCCACCUCGACUCCUGCUUGCGGAUGAUUGAAUAAUUCAUAGCUGUCAGACUCCCGCAUCUUUAGCCGACCUCUGAUGCACUUUACAUUUCCAACCAAGUGGCUAUGAGCAGGCCAGCUUUCAUCAGGGGUCUGUAAUUCAAACUGGUAAUGGCCAUUUCAGUCAACAGUCUGACAUGAUUACCUAGUGACAUUAUCAGCAACAGGAGACCGAUAAUGAUGAUUAGCUUGGUGGUGAUGAAGUGAAAUGUCAAAAAGAUCCUUGCUGCUAAUACUUGGAAUAAGUUCUUAACUGUAUAUAUUUUUUUUUUAGAUAGAGCUAAUAUUUUUAUUGUCUCAUGUUUGGGU